AGUGACGUGGUGCUGACGGCUGCCUGCGGACUGAGAGCUGCUUCUGAAUCUGGACGCGGAUUAAAGCUCGCCGUGGCGGAUCCGGAUCAUGCACAAUGGAGAAUUCCAUCUCUGAGGCAGAUUUAAUUGGCAGCAGCUACGUUCGCAUUACUAAACUUUGCUGUGAACAGGGUGGUGCAUAUCCUAGAAAAUAUUCACAAGUUAAGGCAAAUCUAGAACUGGACAUCUGCAAAAUCUGGUGUAGUAAGCCACUUCAUGUCCUUAGAGAUUACUGUGAUGUCAUUAAAAUAUACAUCUUCUGGCCACUUCUUUUUCAACGUGAACAGAAUCCUGUGGUAUCUCAAUUGCAUCCUUGUAUAGAUAUCAGCAGCUCUAGCACUUGUGAAUUAAGUUUGAAGAGGCUGCAGCAUAUUGAAUUGCUGGAAGAUAUCGUGGAUUUGGCAAAGAAAGUUGUGGAUGAUCAGUUCUUUAUCGGUGGUAUAUUGAGAAUUGGUUAUAAGAUAGAAAAUAAAAUCUUGGCAAUUGAGGAGGCUUUCAACUGGGUGAAAUAUACAGGGGAAUUCAGAGUUCUGCGUAAAUUGGAGAGGGCUGAAAAUUGUUGGCCUAUGCUAAGUAUUUUCUUUACUGAAUACAAGUACCAUAUAACCAAAGUUGUACUAGAAGACUGCAAUUUAGUUGAAGAAUUUGAAUAUCAGAACUGUGCUGCCUGUAUCAAGGAAGGUGAAAUUAUGAAAACAAGAGGAAAUGAAGAAUUCUCAGAGGAGAGGUUUGAUACUGCUAUCACAUAUUAUACCAGAGCAAUUGAAUUUAGACCUGAAAAUCAUCUUCUUUAUAGCAACCGAGCCCUUUGUUUCCUUCGUACUGGUCAAUUCAAGAGUGCACUUGGUGAUGGAAAGAGGGCCACUAUCCUGAAAUACAAUUGGCCAAAGGGCCAUUAUCGUUUUUGUGAUGCUCUCUCAAUGUUGGGGGAGCAUGCCUGGGCACUAGAAGCAAAUGAGAGAGCUCAACAUCUUUGCAGAAACUACCCUGAUGGAAUGAAGGAUCUUACUCAACAGAACAUAAAAUUACAAAAACAAGUGGAGGAGUUACGAGGUUCAAAACAUGGUAAUCAUCAAAUAAGAAAAUCAUUUUAUGGAAAAAGGUUAUCUUCAGGUUGUAAUUCUCCAAGACCUUUACAUUAUGGUUUUCUUAAUUUUAUGGAAACCAGUGAAGAAAACAAGGUAUUGAGAUUAGCGUCGAAAUAUCGUGACUAUUAUCAAUAUCAGAAUUUGAAGGUAUCCCGUGAAAUUUUGAAAUCAGAAAAUAAAGACUAUCCUCUGGAGUUGCCACCAGGUCAUAGCCCUAAAUAUAAAGGAAAAUCAAAGAACAAAAGCGAUGAUGUGGGAAAGCCAAGCCUGCAACUGAAUUUACAAAUAGAUUUGCAAAGCUUAUUGGAUAAACAAUUCAGUAAAUCUUCCAGAGCUGUACAACAGGAUUUUGCUAUAUUGAUAAAAAUGCUGCAAUCCCUCAUCGAAGAAGGUUGCACAGCCUUGAUGGACCAACAUUGUCGCAGUGCAGCAAAAGCCUUUUCACGGUUGUUAAGUGACAUAGAUCCCAAUAAAUUGAAGCAACUGAAUCUUGCCCUUAUUAACUAUGUCCUAGUAAUCUAUGGUUAUGCCAUCUCUCUUCUUGGAAUAGGAAUGCCUGAGGAAUUAUCAGAAGCCGAAUAUCAGUUUAAGAGAAUUAUUGAGCAAUACCCCAAUGAAGGAGUUGACUGCUUAGCCUAUUUUGGAAUUGGAAAAGUAUAUUUAAAAAAGAAUAGAUUUUCAGAUGCACUUGGUCAUUUUCAAAAAUCUAAGACUAUGAUUAAACUUAUUCCUGGAGUAUUGACAUGGCCUACAACUAAUGUGAUUAUUGAAGAAUCUCAAGCAGAGAAAUUACAGUUGAUAUUGGAAAAUCAUAUUGAAGAAUGCAAAUUCCCACCAGAUCCAGAUGCAGUUUGUUGUUAUCAGAAAUGCCAUGGAUAUUCCAAAAUCCAGAUAUAUUUAAAUGAUCCAGACUUCAAGGGUUUUAUACGAAUUAACUGCUGCCAAUUUUGUAGAGUAGAAUUUCACAUUAGCUGUUGGAAAAAAUUAAAAACAACAAUUUUCAAUGAUAAAAAUGACAAGGAUUUUCUCCAAGGAACAUGUCUUACUCCUGAUUGUAGGGGUAUUAUUUCUAAGAUUGUUAUCUUUGGUGCAACUGGUCAUAUUAAAUGUGAAUUUGAACAUAGAGUCACAAAAGAAAGGGAUCCACCAAGACCUGUCAUGAAGCAGAAAUGUUCUAGCUUAGAGAAGUUAAAAGUUAAAGAAGAAAGAAAAGUAAAAAGAAAACUUCAAAAAAAAGAAGCAAGAAAAAUAGCAAAAGAGAGAAUGGAAGAGAAAAGUAGAGAAAACAGCUCAUCUAAGCAUGGUGACCGUAAAGGAUUUGUGCAAAGUUGCCCAGUUCCUGAUGAUAGGAUUUUGCAGUGUAUAAAACAAAAUGCUGAUCAAAUUAAAUCUGGCAUCCAGGACGCUUCCAAACUUCUCAGAGAAUUGCUCUCUUGGAAGGUAAUAAACACGGAGGAUUAUGCAGAUUCUGUUUUUAAUGGCAGUUUGCUAGCUGAAACAGUGGAGCGUCUCCUCGAACAUUUGAUACGGAAAAACAAUAGAGUAAACACAAGAAUUUUUCUGCAUGUUUUGAGUGAGAUCGAAGAAAUAAAUCCCAAACUACGUGACUGGAUCCAGAAACUCAAUAGUUUAGGUUUGGAUGCUACACGGAUGUUUUUUUCUCGUCAUGGUGAUUCUAUUAAAAAGCUUGAUUUUAAACUUGUAACUGUUCUCUGGGUUGAAAAAUAUGGUCAUAAACUAGACCACAUAAUCGCCAGUUGUGAAGAGAAAAAGAUAGUUGAAUAUUUCAGUAAUCCAGGAUCAUUGAAGGACGCUCGCUAUAUAAUAUGGCUAUUAGAAGAAAAUAGAGAGAAGUUUCCAGCACUGCAUAAUGCUUUAGAUGAAUUCUUUGAUAUAAUGGAUGGCCCUUGCACUAUAUUGAAGAAACAAGAAAGUGAAGAUAUUUCAACUAAUGGUAUUAAGGUAAAAAACAAAACCAGAAAAAAGAAGCAUAAGGAAUCAAAGCCUGUUUUUAUAUUGUCUGGAGUUGGUGGAGUAACACAAAAUGAUGAAAAAACUGGUACAGAUGAAAGUAAUUUACUUCAUUCAAAUUCUUAUGACCCAUUUGUAGUACCCGAUUAUCUUCGAGAUGAAGUAGAAGAAUUUGAAGCUCUAUAUGAAAAAAAUAGUUCAAAUAAUAGCAAUUAUCAGAAGUUGUUGGACAGUAACCUAGAUCCAAAAUGUGAACCACUAUAUGACUAUUUUUCUCAGAUCCUGGAAGAACAUGGCCCUUUGGAAAUUGAUGACAAGUUAUUGGUUGGAGAAUAUGAACAUUUUCCUGAAGAAACUAGGAAGAUUGUGGAGGAGGCAGGAGGCUUAAAAUCUUUUCUCUUGGAUUCUCUUCAUUUUGUUAUGAUAGACAAUUAUAUUGGAUUGAUGAAAGAUGCUGUUCAACUUAAGAAAAAUAAAACCACUGGAAAUGCAGAGGAAGAAAAUACUGGUUUGGAUGAGAAAGACUCAACGUUGUCUCCAUGCUUUCAGAAAAAUGCUUCCCAGCUCAAACUACAGUUGAAUCCAGCAGCUAAAGAAUUUAAACCAGUGUCUUCUAAUUCUUUCAUCCCAGGAUCUAAAAAUAAAAAAGUAAAUAAAGCUGAAAAGUAUGUCACCCCAGGAUAUAUGCCAUAUAUUCCUUUUAAUACAGUUUUUUCUAAUCAAGGAUUUGACACCAAUAACACAUCAGUAUCAGUAUCUUAUGCAAAUGUGUUGCCACAGUCAUCUCAAUGCAUUAAUUUAUACACAACUGUAUCUGAUGUAUCUUCUGAUUAUCAGACAAAAAGAAAAGCACCACUGGUGUCAGCUGUGUCUCCCAUCACAGAUACUGACAGAAGAGAUAAUUAUGUCCAAGGCAAUUAUGAAGCUUAUCAUGUGAAUACUGAAAAAACAGUGCUUGAAAAAGAAUGUUCUUCUGAUGAACUUAGUUGUGAAAAACAGAUCGAUCAGAACGCCCAGAAAACAACUGUGAAGUCAGAUAAAGACAAAACUGCCAAAGAUGCAUACGUUAGUAAUAAUGAUCAUUGUGCUAGUAAACUGGAAGCAGAAAUGAAAAAUACUGCUGUCAUUAAAAAUACUCCAUGUAUACGAAUGGUUGCCAUACAGGUGAGAAAAGACUUAAUGCACCAGGAGGUUAAUACAGUGCCUUUUGGUCCAUUUGAAACACAACAAGGUGAUAUUUUACGAAUGGAAAAGGAACAUCAAGUAUUACAAGAGCAACUUAAAGAAGCAAGGGAAAAAUAUGAACAGUUAAAAUACAGAAGUACAGAGGAGACCAGAGAGCUGGAAGAAAAACUGAAAAGAACAAUGGAAGAAAAUAAGAUUUCCAAGACUGAAUUGAAUUGGUUUCAUCAAGAUUUGGAAAUAGAAAUGAAAAAAUGGCAGCAGGAAAAAAAGGAAAAUCAAGAAAAAUUAAAGACUCUAAAAAAUAAAGUUAAAAAGCUUACAGAUACCAGUGAAAUAUAUUCACGGAAUAAUGAAGAAAAGGAUCGACAGUAUGCAUCACACUUGGAUGAAUUUCUCAAAAUCAGUAAUAAAUUUGCAAAUGAAAAAUUGAAAAUGGAGGAACUUAUAAAGAAGGGAAAAGAGAAUUACCAUGAAACUAUUAAAAGAGCUGUGGCUGCAGAGGUGUCCAUACUUGAAAACUGGAAGAAUACUGAUGUGAAUAAAUUACAGAUCAAUGCAUCAAAAGCAGAAAUGUAUGUUAAGAGCCUAAAGUCAAUGAGCAGUGGUUCUGUGUCAUAUCAUAAUUUGGAAUCUGAGAUUAAUCAGUGGGAGUCAUUUAUUUCAAAAAUAAAACACGAAAUUGAAAAAGCAGAGUUUGAGUUUGAAGACCGAAUUCAGAAAGUUAAAGCUGGUUCUCAACUUGAUAAACUUUCUAAAGUAACAGUUCCUGAAUUUCCAUUGCCUGAAAAUAAUUUGUUAAUUCAAGGCAAGCCUACUCAUACUAAUGAUUCAGCCUUUAUGACAUGUUCUACACAAGUUCAUCCUAAAUUAUUUUCUGAAUUUUCAUGUGCUGAUGACCAAAGUCCAGUGAUUACCCCAACUAACUUAUUAACUGGAAACCAACCCCUUGCACUUCAGAACACAAGUCUGCAUUCUGUCAGUGACUGCUCAAUGGAGAUUCCUUCUGUACUUUUACAAGCAUCUUAUACUGAUCCAUGUCAGGUCACCCAGCAAUCACUGAUGGUUAAGAAUUCUGAAAUGGAUAUUCAAUUGAAUCAAAGCUCCAGAGGUGUUGCACAGACAUAUGCCAGCACUCCAAACCAGCCACAGAAGAUGCCUUUCAACAGCGUGAUGGAGCAUCUGGCAACCAUAUUCCCAAAUUACAGCAGUGUUGAGCUUUUGAAUUUUAUCCAAAAAGUACAAGAUGAGGACAGGACCAUACAUGCAAGUUCUGAGUCUGAUGAAAUUGUCAGAAGUGUGACAGAACUUAUUCUGGAUGAGCAGAAUAAAAAAACGGCAGUUCAAGAAAAUGAUGUGAAGACUGUAUCAAGUGCUGCUGCUGAAUCUUCUGGUCUUAGACAUUCAGCAGAAAAUGUAUCAGUAUCUAGUCCCUCCACAGGCCCAACUUCCCCAACAGCUGCCAGCAAACCCUGGCUAGUUGUUGGAGGACCCUCCAAGUCAAAGUGGCAAAAAUCAAAUGAUUCCCCUGCCUCCAGUGAUGAUCCCUGUAUAAUAUGCUAUGAAGAUCUAAGCGAGGAACAUGUAUGUGAGAUGGAUUGUGGGCACCAGUUUCAUAAAUGGUGUAUUGAGCAGUGGCUUAAAGAACAAAGUACAUGCCCAACAUGCCGUGAAUAUGUCCUGUUAGCAGAAGAAUUUCCUGCACUUUGUGGAUCAGGCCGGACUGCUUAAAAUUUAACAAUGCCUUACUGCUAUUCCAUUUAGCCAAAAGUUCCCUAAAAAUUAAUGUUGAACAUAAAUAACUUUAUCGCAAACACAAAAUACACAUGAGUAUGUGAAGCAAGUACAUGUAUUUGAAGAAAAACUAUCAUCGUAUUACACAAUAGUACACAAUCACAAAAGGAUUACUGCUUAACAUAUGAAUAGUAUAUAAGAUUUUUUUUUUUUUACUGCCAAUUUGGACAAGGAAUCGAUGUCUGCAAAUGAAAUGUUUGCACAUCUGUAAAAUGUACUCAUGGUCUCUAAGGAUUUUUCACUUCUAACAUUCUGUGACUCUCUGAUCAUAUCUUUAUAUGUAGCAAAGUGACUAAAUUUAGUGUCAGGGUUUUUAUUGGAGAGAGGGAGACACUUCAGGGAUUGAAAGGUUCCAUUAAGAAAUGUAUUUUUGAUGGGCAGCUACGUGGUGCAGUGGAUAGAGCUCUGGCUCUGGAAUCAGGAGGAUCUGAGUUCAAAUCUGGCCCCAGACAC